AUGGCUGAGAAGGAUCCAAGUUUCCAUGUCGGGCUCGAGGCCGACAAGUGCUCUGCCCACGAAACGGUCGAGGAGGUCGGACCCACGACGGCGCACGGCGUCCCCCACAGCCACCGUGGUCUGCGUAUGCGCCAUGUCCAGCUUAUUGCGAUUAGUGGGUCGAUCGGAUCGGCACUCUUCAUUGCCAUUGGUAUCCCGUUCACCAGUGGUGGUCCACUGGGCUUACUUAUCGGCAUGUCGCUCUGGUGUACGGUCGUGUGGGCCAGUGCGAACUGCCUGAUUGAAAUCACGACGUUGUUGCCCAUUGACGGCGGGUUCAUUGGGUACGCAACGCGGUUCGUGGAUGAGAGCUUUGGAAUGGCGUUGGGCUGGAACUACACGAUUACGCAGUUUACCCUCAUUUGCUAUGACAUUACGGCAAUCAACCUUAUUAUUGAGUAUUGGAAACACCUCCAUCCCGCCAUCAUGAUUACGGUGACGCUCGCCGUGAUUCUCAUAUUGAAUAUCUGGAAUGUCCGGUUCUUCGGGGAGGCCGAGUUCUGGAUCUCGCUCUCCAAGAUCUUCCUCAUCAUCGGCUUGACCCUCUACACCCUCAUUACAAUGUGUGGUGGUAACCCCCUGCGCGAUCGGUACGGCUUCCGAUUCUGGAAGAACCCAGGCGUGUUUGCCGGUAACACCGAGGCAAAGCAGAUUGUCCAGGGUAUUUGGGACAGUAUCUGCUGGAGUACAUUUGCCGUCGUGGGCCCAGACUACCUGUCCAUGGUUAGUGGCGAGGUCAAGAGUCCUCGCCGAAUCAUGCCCGUCGCGUUCAAGACGACAGUGUAUCGUAUCUUUGGGUUCUAUCUCAUGGGCGCGCUUUGUGUUUCCAUCGUGUGUGCUUCGAAUGACCCGGCGCUGUUGGGGGCCAUUGAGAAUAAGGCAGCCGGCGCCGCAAAGAGUCCUUACGUCAUCUCGAUGAACCGCCUCGGUAUCCCAGCCCUCCCGUCGAUUGUCAACGCUGUCAUCCUCGUCUCGUGUAUCUCGACCGGCAACGCCUUUGCAUUUACCGGCAGUCGCGCUCUCUACGGCCUCGCACUCAACCACCAGGCUCCCAAGGUAUUCACGCGCGUCAACCGCAACGGUGUACCGUACGUCGCCGUCCUCGUGACCCUGGCCUUCGGGUGUCUAUCGUACCUCUCCGUCUCGGCCGGCGCGGCAAAGGUCCUGUCAUGGUGGAUCUCGCUGGUGGGCUCGGCCCAGCUCGUGACGUGGACCGCGAUCGGGAUCACGUGGUUCCGCUUCACGGCUGGUCUCAAGAAACAGGGUCUGUGGCCACAGAUGCUGCCUCAGCGGGGAUAUUUGUUGCCGCUGAGCGCGUACUGGCUCGUCAUCUGGUCGCCCCUCGUGUUUAUCUUCCAGGGAUAUUAUGUCUUCCUGGGCAAGUUUGACGGUGUCUCGUUUGUGUUUGCGUACGGAUCCAUCUUUAUCUUUGGCGCCAUUUACAUCGUCUCCAAGAUCUACGAUUACUCUGUCAACAAGCGGUUCAGGUGGGCCAAGCCGCUCGACCAACUCGACUUUGUCACGGACAUCAAGGAGAUCGAACUCCUCACGGAAGAGUCCGAGGUCGCAAGGAUGACACAUAAGAAGGGCAAGGGGCAGGCGGUUUCCGACAUUUUCUUCUAA